AUGUCAGCUCCCAGCCCAGCCAAGCGGGUCAGGGGCGAGGAUGGGCAGAGCAUCUUCACGCGGCACGCCGUCUGCUGCGUCUUGGACUAUGGCUCUCAGUACACGCAGCUGAUUGCGCGGCGAAUCAGAGACAGCGGCGUGCUGUCUGUGCUCAUGCCCGGCGACGUGACGAUGGAGCGCAUCAAGGGCGCCCAGCCCAAGACCAUCAUCCUUUCAGGCGGGCCCAACUCUGUGCACGUUGAGGGGGCUCCCCGCGUGCCAGACGGCUUCUGGGAGUACUGCGCCGAGAAUGACAUCCCGGUACUGGGCAUCUGCUACGGCAUGCAGCUGAUUGUGCACCAGCUGGGCGGCGAGGUGAAGACGGCGGAUGGAGGGGGCGAGUAUGGCCGCAUGCCGAUGAACGUGGUGCGCGACUCGACCCUCUUCUCCACAGAGGAGCAGGACAGCCAGCUGGUGUGGAUGAGCCACGGAGACGAGGCGGUUAAGCUGCCGGACGGCUUCUCGGUGGUGGCGCGCAGCGAGCAGGGCGCCAUUGUGGCGAUUGAGCACCCCAAGCGCCGCAUCUUUGGGCUGCAGUACCAUCCAGAGGUGGUGCACAGCGAGCGCGGCGCGGAGACCAUCCGCCACUUCCUGUUUGACAUUGCCAAGAUGACCGGGGACUGGAGGAUGGAGGAUGUGCUGGAGGAGGAGAUGGAGAAGAUUCGGCUGCAGGUGGGCCCCACCGACCACGUCAUCUGCGCCCUGUCGGGAGGCGUGGACUCCACCGUGGCGGCAACCCUCGUGCUGGGCGACCGCCUGCACUGCGUGUUUGUGGACAACGGGCUGCUGCGGUACAAGGAGGCGGAGCGGGUGAUGGACACAUUCAACCAGCACCUCCACCUGCCCGUGUGCAAGGUGGACGACGCAGACCGCAUGCUUGGGCGGCUCAAGGGGCUGAGCGACCCAGAGGCCAAGCGGAAAGCAAUCGGUGCCGAGUUCAUCGACGGCACGCUGUAUCCCGAUGUGAUCGAGUCGUGCCCGCCGCCCGGCAAGGGCCAGAAGCACAGCCACACCAUCAAGAGCCACCACAACGUGGGCGGCCUGCCCGAGGACCUGCAGUUCGAGCUGAUCGAGCCGCUGAGGGAGCUGUUCAAGGACGAGGUGCGCUCGCUGGGGCGGCUGCUGGGCGUGCCCGAGCAGUUCAUCUCGCGGCACCCCUUCCCUGGCCCCGGCCUGGCUGUGCGCAUCAUCGGCGACGUGACGGAGGGCGACCGGCUGGACGUGCUGCGUGAGGUGGAUGAGGUGUUCAUCAACUCCAUCCGCGAGUGGGGGCUGUACGACAAGAUCUGGCAGGCAUUCGCCGUCUUCCUGCCCGUGCGCUCCGUGGGCGUGCAGGGUGACCAGCGCACGCACUCCCACGUGGUGGCGCUGCGGGCGGUGACCAGCAGCGACGGCAUGACGGCGGACUGGUACCCCUUCCAGCCCGACUUCCUGCGCUACGUCUCCACCAAGAUCUGCAACACGGUGCGCAGUGUGAACCGUGUGGUGUAUGACGUGACCUCCAAGCCGCCCGGCACGAUUGAGUGGGAGUGA